AGCAACCAGGAUAGUUAGCAGGUGCCUGCGCCAUUUUGGUCCGUGUUGCAAACGUCGCUGUGGCGAAGUCGUACAGAGUUGUCAUUCUACAGUUUCUUGGCUUUAUAGAAUUAUAUGCUACAAUUGUGUCCAACAAAGGAAAUACAAGAGUCAGCUGUAGGCGAGCGCAAUAGUGACCCAAUUUACUGCACCGUGGGGGUACAAGGAGGAUUUAAUACGCCACAACGGCCGAGCGAAGUGCAAGACCAGUGUGAUGUCUGGCGCCUUGUUUUCCUCUGGAAUGGUGCAGGUAAAAAAAAAAAAAACCCACGCGUGGAUCUCGUGGUUUGUAAAUAAGUGAUAAGAGAUGUCAGCAGCUGUUAGCCUCAAGGUGUUAUAAAGCGGGGAUCCUGAAUUACACAGCCUUUGCGUAGGUUUUGGCCUUGAAGAGAAGCCUGUACCUGCUUCGAAGCAAACAGGGUGCUGAUGAGACAAGACGAGACGCGGAGGGACGGACAUCUUGUGCCCCUUUAUCACACAGAUAGAUCAUUGUUCUGCUGGAAAAGUGUAGCUCGUCAUUCAGCUCAGGCUUCUGGAGCGGGAUGGAGGCAGAUCAUGUCAUCAGUCUUUUGAGCAUCUAAUAGAGUGAAGAUUCCGUCGACGGCCAUGUUGGAGCUCCUCCACACAGCGUUUGUGUUGAUCGACCUUUAUCCAUCCCCCCAAAGCACCUUGCUGCCGACCUAGCCCCACACUGCCCCCUGACUUCCCUCACCUCCACCUUCACGCAGCCUGGCCCGCCGGGAAAAAGGUUUUUUACAAUGUCCUCUGCAUACCAGCAUGGGCUCUCGUGGAGUUUACCUCAUCUCAUCCUGCUGCCGCUCACCCACCUCUGGCUCUUGGCCACUCCCACAGGUGUAUCAGCAGAUCUCUGCCGUGUUACAGGCGGGGUGCUGGGCAUCGAAUGGAGCAGUGUCCUCGGCAUGGGUUGGUACCCUCUUGCGGAGGGGAAAGGCGGGGGGACGUGUUGGGAGGCCUGCUGCUUGAAUCCCAGCUGCGGCGCCGUGUGGAUCCUCAAUGGACGAUGCGUGCUUCUUCGUUGCUCAUUGAGGGGCGGCUGCCCAAUCUUUCAUUUAUCCCAGCCUCAUCAUGAGUCGCUUGGCCUCUUUCAAAUGCUCGCCAAGGGUCCUUCCACAAAAAAGAGGAGGAGGUUUCGUCGUGCACAAGAACCACAUACAGAACAGACUAGCACGGAAAACCCUGCAAAGGCGGGUACGGCACACCCGUACCCAACAGCGUUAGCGGCCAGCACCAGCGUGGUUCCACAAGCAGAACAGAGGGACCUCAGCCACCUAAGCAACAGGACCAGUGAACGCGCCUCAGCUCCCUUACAGCAAAACUCCACCAUCGAAGACGCCACCGAGGCUGCUGUGUCUUCCAACACCAGUGGCGUCACCACCGCUCCGACACAGGCUGAUUGUGUGUUUACCACAGCAGUGAGGGAGCUGGUUGUGUCAGCGGGGGAGAGCGUUGAGGUCACGCUACCACGCAGCGAAGUCGAGCUCAACGCCUUCGUGGUGCCAACACCCCCGGCAGAUACGAACUAUGCGUUUGACUGGCGUCUGAUUACGCAUCCCAAAGAUUACAGUGGGGAAAUGGAAGGCAAACACAGCCAGUCCCUGAAACUCAGCAAGCUGACCGUCGGCCUGUAUGAGUUUGAGGUGACGGUGGACGGGGAGGGCGCCCAUGGAGAAUGUUACGUCAAUGUUACUGUCAAGCCAGAGCCGCGGGUAAACAAGCCCCCUGUUGCUGUAGUUUCCCCAAAGUUCCAAGAGAUCUCCUUGCCAACAAGCUCUACAGUGAUAGACGGCAGCCAGAGCACAGAUGAUGAUAAAGUGGUGGCGUGGCACUGGGAAGAGGUGAAAGGUCCUCUCAGGGAGGAGAAGGUCUUCGCUAACACGGCCGUCCUCACUCUCACCAACUUGGUGCCGGGGAACUACACAUUCAACUUGACUGUGACCGACUCAGAUGGUGCCCAAGAUUCCACUCAAGCCACCCUGUCUGUCAACAAAGCCAAGGAUUACAGCCCUGUGGCCAUCGCCGGCCCUAACCAGGUCAUCACUCUGCCACGUAACUCCAUCACUUUGUACGGCAACCAGAGCACAGACGACCACGACUCGCUCGCCUACGAGUGGUCCCUCAGCCCUGAGAGUAAAGACAAGGUGGUGGAGAUGCAAGGUGUGCGUACGCCCAUCUUGCAGCUGUCGGCCAUGAAGGAGGGAGACUACACUUUCCAGCUGACGGUGACAGACUCAGCCGGACAGCAGGCAAAAGCCCAGGUUACAGUUAUUGUCCAGCCAGAAAACAAUAAACCGCCGGAGGCAGAUGCGGGGCCGGAAAAGGAACUGACAUUACCAGUCGAUCGAACUACGCUGGAUGGCAGUAAGAGCAGGGAUGACCAGAAGAUUGCCACCUUCCACUGGAAACAGACAAAGGGUCCUGGUGGUGUGAAGAUUGAGAACGCAGACAGCGCUGUUGCCACAGUAACCGGUCUAGAGGUCGGCACCUACGAGUUCACCCUGACUGUGACGGAUGAGAGGAAGCUGCAAAGUAGCGACACGGUCACCGUGAUUGUCAGAGAAGAACUGGACCAGCCACCUGUGGCUCGCGUGGUUUCCAGUCCACCAGUUUCUCUACCUUUGCGGACAGCCACCAUGGAUGGGUCUCACUCGACCGAUGACAAAGGCGGCGUCAGCUACCUGUGGACCAGAGAUGACAGCAGCCCUGCGGCGGGGGAUGUGCUGAACAACUCUGAUCACCAAGCAGUGUUGUUUCUGGGAAACCUGGUGGAGGGCAACUACAGAUUCACCCUGACUGUAGCUGACAGUAAAGGUCAGAGCAGCACAGACAGCGGCACGGUGGAGGUCAAACCAGACCCAUGGGAGCGUGACCAGGUGGAGCUGGUCUUAGAGGUGCCCAUAACGCAGGUUUCCCACCGUCAGCGUGACAUGCUGCUACGCCAGGUUGGUGUGUUGCUUGGCGUGCUUGAUAGCGACAUCAUUGUUAGAGAGAUCAGUGCGUUCAAUGAACACAGUACCCGGUUGGUGUUCCUGGUGUCAGGUGGUCCAGGGCGCCCUCCUCUGUCUGGCCAAAGCGUUGCACUCAGCCUGCGAAACAAGCUGCGUAAACAGAAGAAUGACUUUCUCAUUUACAAGACGCGGCGGGUGGACACAGUCAUCUGCCAGCUGAACUGCUCCAGUCAUGGCGAGUGUGACUCCUUCACACGACGAUGCGUCUGUCAACCUUUCUGGAUGGAGAACUUCAUCAGAGCUCAGCUUGGCGAUGCCGAGAGCAACUGUGAGUGGAGCGUUCUGUAUGUAACCAUAGCAUCCUUUAUGAUUGUGGUUGCUGUGGCAACAGUUGUCUGGGGCGUGGUGUGUUGCUGUAACAGACGUAAGAGCAAAGCACGCAGAAGCAAAAGCCGAUACAAAAUGCUGGAAGCUGAUGAGCAAGACAGCCUGGAGCUGCAACCACACAGAGCUGGCCGUAUCAAGCCAGUACCCGCCCCCACCUCUUCUGCCCUCAUGCACUCCGACUCUGACCUGGACAGCGAUGACGGGCAGGUCGGGGUACCAUGGAUGGAGCAGGAGCGAGGGCAUCUUCUCCGACCUCAAAACGGCUCCUUAAGGAACGGCCAGGGUCCGGCGAGGGGAAAGAAGCACAGAGAAGAGCUGCUAUAGCAAACGAGAAGGUGAAGCUCGCCUCUCUUUACCCUCACACACACACACACACACACACUCAUCCGAGGAAAAAACUAGAACUAUGUCGCGCUGUUACAGUAUAAGAAAAAUCCACAAUGAGCCAACAUGGAGGAAAAUACUGUUAUUUUGGGAGCGAACACUGUGUUUUGAAUGCCUGGGAAACAUGAUCAUCGGACAAGCUAAAACCAGCAAGCCCACUUGAUACUUGCUCUGCUUCCUCCUCCUGUCUUCACACUGUUCCAAACACUGCCCAUGAGUCCCAUGCUCAACUUACAGGAAGGAAAACAACAACAAAAAGUGCAGCUUGCACUUCUGGUCCAAUACUGUUGCGGAAUCAUCACCUGCAUGAAUGCACUGUAGGUGUUGUGUGUGUGUGCGUGUGUACAGUAUGUGCCAAACGUUCUGCUUCUGAGCAUUGUAUGAAUGUGUUAAGGUUUAUGUUGGGUGUUAUGAAGGUUCAGUCAAACACGUGGAGCCAAAAUGCUGCUUUUAUGAAGCCACUGGAAUACAUAAACACUGAAUGAACACCACUUUGUUAAUAAUCCAUAAAUGUUUCAUGCACUUUCAAUAGAAUCUCCAUUGUUUCUGCUUGGUUCAGUCAUUACCUAUUAAUAUCCUUCCAGCCAUCUUGAAUGACAUUUAUUAGCCAUUCUGUGAAGAAUAAGCUGAAACCAAAUGAAUUCUUUCCAUAAACGUAUAUAUUUUUCUUAAAAGAGUAGUCCUGCAUACACCAUAACCACACACACACACACACACACUAUUUAAACAAUGUGAUUUACUUCCCUGGCAUAGCUUAAUGUUGAAGUUUGUAUGUGUGAAAGGCGCUUUAAACCAAAUGACUUUCCACUUUGUGAUCACUUUGCAUGCACACAUGAGCCUGGAAGUUGAUUUCCACAUUUUCAGUCACUGUUCACGUAUUGAAUGUCAAAAAAAAAGGGUUACGUCACUGUCUCUACGCGAAAUGUGAAGCUAUCGUUCUUCAUGCUUUGCAGCAAAGUCAUCUCCUCAUAACUUGCCGUUUUUUUUGUUAAUUUGUUAACCUGUGCUGCAUCGAAGGCACAGUCAAAUGAAGCACACCCAAGUGCCGACAACAAUAUUGAAACAAAAACUGCCCGUGUAUUGACAUUUGGAAUUGGGUGUGACAUUGCUGGAGUUCACUGUGAAGAUAUGCAGACAAAAGGAGAAAUGAAGGGAUAGUCUUUUUAAAAAAUUGUUUUUAAACGAGUGAAGGAUUACUCUUGUGUUCUGUGUGACCUGAUACAACUGGAUAAUCUGGGAAUUAGAAUAAAGAGUUUCAUUUUGUUCUUGGCGGUCUUUAUUUACAUCAGGAAAUAGUCGUCGUUUUGCCUAAAUUAAGCAUUUUCAAGCAUAUAAAUGAACUAAAAUACAAAUAAGACAUUGCAGAACUCUCUGGAAUGGGAUAUAUAGUAUUCUGGUCACUGAGUGUCAAUGUUCAGUGACACACAAGCACCAGACUUUAUUGCUGGAAACAACAGGCUUCAAUUGCAGAUUUGAAUGAUCCCACAGCGGGCACAAGAAUCCCUAACACGGGGCUCCUGUUGAGGCUGUAACACGCAAAACUCAACGCUGACAUCACUUCCUGUCUGUGCCACCGCAACACAUUUACAGCAAUACACACACAAGCAUGAGUCUUGUGUUUUUAAAUGUAUUUUCUCUCAUUAUGUGUACUAUAUUGGGUAAUACAAGUGUAAAGGUGACUGUAGGGGUGUUGUUUUAUGUCUAGAGGGCUCUAAUAAUGUUAACCAUAUUUAAAGGUUCAUAAGGAUUAUUAUGGAUUCAUGAGAAAUUAUUUAUUUAAGUAACUUGUUAACCAAACAAAUCACACCAAGUAGCAGAUGCACUGUGUAGCCUGCAUGUUUUUGUUUUUUUUACUUGUUUGGUUAACACAGUUCUAAUCUGUUUUGUGCUUGUGGAACAGAUUUGCCGUGGUGAGAGAUUACAGAUAGAUUAAAAAAAAAAAGAGUCGGUCAGUAACAGAAAGUCUGUUUUUCUUGUGAGAACAAGGCCAGUUAUUUUAAGGAUGUUAUCAUUAUGGUAUGCAUUAUUAUUAUUAUUAUUAUAAAUGCAAUGUUUUCCUACCACUUUUUAAACCAUGUUUCUUUAGUGUGAAAUAAAAUAACAUGCAGUGCGACUGAAUGAAAUAACAUCCCUUAUGAA